ACCGUCAACAAUGCUAAGCUUCACACGUGGUGGCAUGAUUCCGGAGUCAUGACUCGAUCGGUUCUUCAGCCAGCCUCUGUGCGCCAAAGCGACCUCUAUUCUAUCCAGGUUACCAAUUCUGUGGAUCAGACCUAUUACGACUCUUUCGUUUAUCAGACCAUCCCACGCAACGGUCAAGGCAAUGUCUUGAAACCCAAUGACCCAUCCUCAACAACUGAUGCCAGCGAUGGUAUCACUAUCGAGGAAGCCAUUGGCAUGACAAUGUCUUGGACUUCAUUUCUCUAUUCAGCAGAUGUUUGGCUAAAGGUCCACCGCCUCGAUAACUCCAGCAUUCAAUCGGAUAGCUUCGUUAUCAGGCCCACCAACCUCAACUUCACGACUUCGAUCUCGGGCGCUGAUUUGUUCAUCCUGGUGCCUUACGACGGAGAAAGCAAGAAAUUUUCGGUUGAGUUUGAUGACAACCUCUACGAUGUGGAGCCUCUCGAUUCCCUGUUCAUCUUUGCCAGCCCAUUCGAAGACGAGUCUCUUGUUCCCGACGAGACAUCAGACAACGUUUUGAUUGUGGAAGAAGGUCGCAUAUCUGGGCUGGAUACUACUCAAGCCAACACUGUGAUUUUCAAGCCAGGAGUCUACUAUGCCACUGCCACGGAUUACUUGAACCUCAGUUCAACCGUGGAUUGGCUAUACUUUGCACCAGGAGCCUAUGUCAAAGGCGCUGUAGAAUACCACUCAAACUCUGCGCUUGUCAAAGCUACAGGACAUGGUGUACUAUCGGGUGAGCAGUAUGUUUAUCAAGCCGAUCCGACAGACGGAUUUCAAAAUCACAACGUGAACGGUUCGCCUUUACGAAUGUGGAAGGGCACAAUACCUUGGGGGCAAAAGACGACUUGGUUAAUCAAUGGACCAACCAUGAACAGCCCUCCAUUCAACAGCAUGGAUUGGUACGGCGACCAGGCCUCUCUGUCUGUCCAAUGUACCGACUACAAGCAAGUGGGUGGCUUUUUCGGUCAAACGGAUGGCAUGGAGGCAUACCCUGGAAGCGUCUAUCAAGACAUCUUUUACCACACUAAUGACGACACGAUCAAGGUCUAUUAUUCAGACGUCAGUAUCAGCAACGUCCUAGUGCAGAAAGCCACCACCGCACCAGUCAUUCAAUUCGGCUGGGCUUCUCGUAAUCUUAGCAACAUCCAAGUCGACAAUGUCAACAUCAUCCACAGUCGUUGGAACAGCAAUGGCUCGAACCCAGGUCUGAUUGGCUCCAACAAUGUGUACGACCCCUCAACCACGUCUACAUCUGCAAUGAACUCCAGCACUGCCGACACCCACUCCACAGCACAAGACAUUACCUUCUCCAACAUUCGAGCCGAAGGUAUUUCUGGUCCAUUGAUGCGCAUAUACGCACUGGAAAAUUUCAGCAACAUCACUAUCUCGAAUGUCUGGAUAGAAGAGUUCGGAUGCUGCACUGGGUACGAAGCAGUGGGCAUUCCGGAGAGCUUCAUGCCCGCCAUGACCGAUUCUAGUGGAAAUAAUGUCACUGUGGAUGGCUUUGUCAUCAGCAACUUCAUGGUUGGCGAUGAGAAAGUCACACUGGAUACGGCAAGCACAGUCGGUCAUCUC